ACGCACCACCAUAUUAUGGAUGCCAAUCCAAAAACUGGAAACUAAACGCAGGGAAACCAGGUGGAGAGUGUUGUUGGACCCACCUAUGAACGCGUGUCAACCCAUCAGUUUGCAUGGCACCUCGCAACCGCCAUUUUAUACUCAUGACUCACCCCCCCACCUUUUGUCAUUCUCUGCCCACAGCUAGCUUCUAUACCAUAACUGGUUUUCUUGAACCGAUUCUUCUAGCUUCCUCCAUGGCGGUCCUGGUGAGCCCUGCUCUGUUGCUAUUGGUAUUACUGUUUUUCCAAGCUAUAGGAGGUGGCCGAGCUCUUAGGAUGGACCCGUGGGAGUUACCGAUUCGAAUGCCCACAGAGAAGGAUGAACCGGAAGAAGCAGUCAGCACGAGAUGGGCGGUUCUGGUUGCUGGUUCGUCCGGGUAUGGAAAUUACAGGCAUCAGGCUGAUGUAUGUCAUGCAUAUCAGUUGCUGAGGAAAGGUGGGGUGAAGGAGGAAAACAUAGUGGUGUUUAUGUAUGAUGAUAUUGCCACAAACGGAUUGAAUCCCAGGCCUGGGGUGAUCAUCAACCAUCCACAAGGUGAUGAUGUAUAUGCUGGAGUGCCUAAGGAUUACACUGGUGAGAAUGUAACUGCAGAAAAUCUGUACGCUGUACUUCUUGGAAACAAAAAAGCAGUGAAAGGUGGAAGUGGGAAGGUUGUAGAUAGCAAACCCAAUGACAGGAUCUUUUUGUACUACUCUGAUCAUGGAGGCCCUGGUGUUUUAGGGAUGCCGAAUAUGCCUUUCCUUUUUGCGAUGGAUUUUAUCGAGGUUUUGAAGAAAAAACAUGCAGCUGGAACCUACAAAGAGAUGGUUAUAUAUGUUGAAGCAUGUGAGAGUGGGAGCGUCUUUGAAGGCAUAAUGCCCCAAGAUUUAAACAUUUACGUAACAACGGCAUCAAAUGCACAAGAGAGUAGCUGGGGAACUUAUUGUCCUGGGAUGAAACCUUCUCCCCCUCCAGAGUACAUCACUUGCUUGGGGGACUUGUAUAGUGUUAGUUGGUUAGAGGACAGUGAGACUCACAAUCUCAAAAAGGAAACAAUAAAACAACAAAUUCAGUGGGUAAAGAAACGGACUUCCAAUUUCAACAAUUACAAUGCCGGUUCCCAUGUGAUGGAAUAUGGGAAUAAAAGCAUCAAAGCUGAGAAGCUUUAUUUAUACCAAGGUUUCGACCCUGCCACUGUGAACUUCCCUUCAAAUGGUGGUAUGCGCAUGGAAGUUGUGAACCAGAGAGAUGCAGAGCUUUUCUUCCUGUGGCAGUUGUACAAAAAAUCAGAAAAUGGAUCGGAGAAGAAGAGAGAAAUCCUGAAGCAGAUAACAGAGACAAUGAGGCACAGAGAACACUUAGAUGGCAGCAUGGACUUGAUUGGAACAUUUCUGUAUGGACCACAGAGAGGUUCUUUCAUGCUUAAUACUGUGAGACAACCUGGUGUGCCGCUUGUUGAUGACUGGGGAUGCUUGAAGUCAACGGUUCGAUUGUUCGAAACAUAUUGUGGUUCUUUGACACAAUAUGGCAUGAAACACAUGCGUGCUUUCGCCAACAUUUGCAAUAGUGGCGUUUCUCAGGCCUCAGUGGAGGAAGCUUGCAUGGCUGCUUGUAAUGGCCAUGACUCGGGCCACUUGCAUCCUUCCAAUCGAGGUUAUAGUGCUUGAUUUCAGAAUAAAUUCCAGUCUUACAUAAAUAUGUCAUAAAAAGGGCUACACUUUCAAAAUGAUACUUAAUUAUGCUUGUUUUUAAGCUUUUACUAUAUAUAUAUCUAUAUAUAUAUAUAUAUAUAUCCAUCGAUCCCAACUUUAUGCAAUUUUGAUAUUAGGUUUUUAAUUUCGAUUAUUAAUUAGGUCCUCAGGUUUCUCUGAUUUUAAAUAAGACUUUCAGUUGACUUAAACUAGUUAUCACAUCAUGCCAAUCAUAAUUUUUGUUUGACA